AUGGCGACGAAGAGAAAGGCCGACGAAGAAAAGUUGAGACGCCGCCGUCUGGCCCGGUUCCGCUUCCGGCGGCUGGUGCACGUCGUCAUCUUCAACCGCCACUGGAUCGCGGAAAUCGAGGACCAGGACAUCGGCAACAAUGUGCACCGCAACGUGGCCAUCAUCGAGCGCCGGCUGACCCGCAAGGGAACGCUAACGAUCAUUGAUAAGCGAAUACUGAACAGCAGGCCCGAGGAGCGUACCGAGGACCACCGUCGGACGCUUCGGACCGUACUUCGGAAGCUGGAAUGUAUGCGAGACUUUUCGAAGCACCAGCUCGACGAGCUGGCCGGUUGUGUUGCGUUCCAGUACCUGGAGCCGGGGCGCGUUAUCCUGCGCGAAGGGCACGAACCCGUAUCGGUUUACUUCGUGGCCGACGGAGAAGUGACGGUCAGCCGUAGGCAGUGGGAUUGGGUGAGUCGCGCGUUCCUUGAUGUGCCGUGCGGAACGCGCACUCGGGGCCAAAUGUUUGGUGAAAUUACGCUACUCCAGCAGGGCAUCCGGCGUACGGCAACCUGCACCACGGCCACGGCCUGUGAAUUGCUGUGGAUCGGUCGGCGGGAGUUUGAGCGCAUCCUGAAGGGCACGCUGCUGGAGCGCUGGCGACAGCUGCAGCUGGCUCUCGAGCGAUUUGAUUACUUCCAAUAUUGGACCACCGAUCAGUUCUACGAAUACUGCAUCCUGAGCCGGAUAGUGAGCUUCGAACCGCAGCAGAAAAUUCCGGUCGACGUCGAUCGGAGCAACGCAUACUUCGUGCUGAGCGGUCAGUGUAUGAUACUGCAGUGCCUGACCGUGGCUCGGACGGUGGCCGGUUCCUACCGGUUGCUACCGCUGCAGGGCACUGUCGGCGUCGAGCAUCGGUUCAUCGACGUGGGCACACUGAGCUGCGGAGCGGUAUUCGGGCUUGGCGAACCGCUCGAACACCGGAUGGUCGUGGCCCGGACCGCGGUGCAGUGUUUGACGGUGCCCCGCAACUGGCUGCUGGCGAAGCGUCAGAACGUCGGCAACACCUGGGAGCGGCUCCGGAUGCGGCUCGAAGCGGCCAUCCCAAGCCGCCGGCAGCUGUUCGAGCAGUUUGUGCGUGGCCAACGGUGGCGACGCUACCGGAAGCAGCUGGUGGACGCGUUCGUCCGGAGAAACCCCCGGAACGACCCGGCCAUCACCCGGCCGACCGACGUUCCCAUCAUCUGCCGGGUGGAACAGGGCGACAUCGACGGCUGA